AUGAUAAUACACGUGGGUUUUGCAUCUUGGACUCAAGACGUUGAAAAAUUAGAAGAAUACUUUAAAUUUCUUCCUAAAAUGACUGACAAUUCUUUUGAAAAUAUGAAUAAUUUAAAUAAGUUCUUAUUAAAGAAGUUAUGCUCACUCUAUCGGAAGAACAAUGAUAGAACCAAAUGGCCACCGUAUCCGCAAAUGGCAGGAUCACAAGUUAAUGGAUUUUACGUACCUAAUUUUAAUGCUAUUAUUCUUCCUGCUGGUAUUCAACAAUUGCCAUUCUAUCACGCCGAUCAACCAAAAUUUAUGAAUUUCGGAGGAAUGGGACUCAUAUUUGGUCACGAAAUAACUCACGGACUCGAUAACUCAGGACGUUUAAGAGAUAAAUAUGGAAAUUUAAAAAACUGGUGGAAAGAGGAAUCGAAAAUGGAAUUUGAGAAAAGAUCGGAGUGUUUUAUCAAUCAAUACAAUUCCUAUUAUUACGAUGGAUUGAGUACAACGGUUAAUGGAAAGAAAACUUUAUCAGAGAAUAUUGCAGAUAACGGUGGAAUUCGUCAAGCUUAUUUGGGUUAUCAGAAAUGGGUAAAAGAUAAUGGGAAAGAAAAUCAUCUUCCAGGUUUAGAAAAGUACAGUCCUGAACAAUUAUUCUUUAUAUCUUUCGCUAAGUCGUGGUGCAGUAGUAUUCAUCCACCAUCAUUACUAGCAAAAUUGUAUGCAGAUGAUCCCCAUUCUGCAAAUCCAUUCAGGGUGAUCGGCAGUUUAUCCAAUAUGAAAGAAUUUUCUGAAGCUUUCAAUUGCAAACCAGGAUCGAGAAUGAAUCCCGAAAACAAAUGUAUCAUAUGGUGAAAGGACGAAAUCAAAUCACAGA